ACAUCUUGCUGUCAAAGCCAGCAGGCUUAUAGACAGAAGGCAGAACAGCCGCAUAGUGCAUUAGGGUUUAUAUAUGUCCUCUGCGUGUUACACUUUCAUUUUGAUCAGACGUACUGAAAUUUUGUCAUCCCAUUCAGGAAAGAACCGCCGGCGGUAAGGCGCCAUUUAUUUUCUUUCUUUCUCUAAACACUGUCGUCUGCUUCUAUUCGCAAUCUACUGGAGGUAAAUCUGAUAAAAUGUUCUUGUUACGGUGAUUGUCAAAUCCAGACGGACCGUUUCAAGAAUGUAUAGUAUUGUCUGAAAUACAAAUCGAAUGUCCCUUUUAUCCCAUGUGUAAUUUAACGCAUUGCAAUGUGGAAGGAGCCAAUUAGGCCGUAUGUACAAGUCUAAUUAUAGGUGAAGCUUGAAUAUUAGAAAUGAAUAUCUGGUACAGAUAUUACACAUAAUUAUAUUUUACUUUUGUGUCGCCUAUCAUUGGAUGUUUCCUUUUUUCUACGGUGCAAAUACACCAGUCGUAAUCUGAACGUUAUUGCAGUCCUUUUGAUACAUUUAUGUGAUAAAAUGCAGGAACCGCUAAGGUGGUAAGUCUGCAGAGAGGCCUCUAAUAGCCACGCCUGAAUUACUGAUGCUUAUUAUUUAGGAUCGAUUUGUCGCAGUAAAUUUUGGGUGACGGGAGAAAGACAAUGGAAGAACAAUGGAAACCGAAUUUUAACAUCUCCAGACAGUGAUGGUGUGUAGUUUUUCGUAAUAUAUUCUGUGUUAAAUUGGUCCUUAAAUUGGACAAUGUGGAGAAUCAAAAAACGGAUCCGACGGGGCGUCACAUGUUUCCCAACAAGCGCCCGUGUCAAAAACGCGCUCCACCCCUUCCCCCGCUAUGAUUAGGAAUACAAUACAAUUUUUAACUUAAUACCCGUACAAGUAUAAUAUGACCUUGUAUUUUGUGCCAUGGGUCAAUAUCACGACGAAUUCCGACAUCGUGUGCAAUUUUACUAAAGACAUGGUAUUUAAGCACCUCUCCAGCGGAUAGGUUUUUCUUAACCACGAACGCAUUAUCCCUGAAUUUUGAAAUCUUGAAAGUUUUACUUUUAACUUCCCGGUUUUCACGUUAUUUGUGGUCUUAUGUUGUUUAAGGAUGGGAAAGUAACAUCCAUCCAUCCAUUUUCCAAACCGCUUAUCCUACUGGGUCGCGGGGUGGGAAAGUAACAUUUUAAGUUAAACUUAAAACUUAAAAGAUCUUAAAGAACAUUGGCGUUCACAUUCGAGUAAAACAAACGAUUACAAUCGUUACUUUAAAAUGAGCCUGGGUGACAUUUUUUUUGCGAUAUGAAGGUCUAUAUGUUUAGAAAUGAGCCUGCGUAUUUAUUUUUAAUAUACCGUUGGUGGUGUGCCGACGAUCUGUUUUGAAUUUCCGUUGGUUUUCCCCGACUUACUCACAAAUUAUAUUUGGGUAAAUGUCCACCGAAAUAUUAGCAAAACAUGUUUACCCAGUUUUAGUUGAAACUACAGUGCUUGAUGUUUGCGUAACGAUUUUUUUUUAAACUCUCCUACGCAUCUUUGUCGUUUAUAGCGAGUUAGUAUUUUUCAUGUCGCCUAAAUGGAAACUACCGAAAUACGACGUAUCUCUGUUAAGUGCUGUUCCAUGAAGAUGCACUUUUUACAUUUAGCGGUUUCAGAUGGUUGUAAAUUCACGUAUUGUGCAGAUGGGGAAGUGGCCAGAGACCACCCCUUUCCUGAAAUCAGGAAGCUGUGGGAAAAUCAAGUGUUGACGCCCAACUAGCAUAGAGGAGAACCCAUGGAAAAAACAUCAGGAGACUGUUUUCCCUGAUCAAUGGUCAUCCUCCAAAAGGUAAGCACCCAGGAUGCGUUCCCUCCGGAAGACUGUGUUGCUGGGGAUCGUGGCCUCUGUACUGCUAGUGGCAGCACUCCUGCGGUCCUGGACGCCACGAGCCUACACCUACAUAGAUGUAAGGCAGAGGCCAGCGAGCGAGGCAGAGAGGCUGCUGGAGGAGAGGCUGGUGGACGUGGACCAACGUUACGCCGACAUCCCGUACCGUGUGAAGGAGAGCGUGGCUGGUCUGCUGGCGCGAAACGGAUGCGUGUGCGAGGGUGAGACCAGAGGCGUGAGGCUGCCCUUCGCCCAGCUGCUCUUUCCGCGGGUGUCUGCCUACCCCCUGCACACGGCGUUCAAGGCCUCGGAGCUGGAGGAGAUGAAGCGGCGCAGGGCACAGGAAUACCUCAGCUUUCAGAGAAGGUCCCAGACUCCCGCGGAUCUGCUGGUCGUAGCAGAAGCCAACAGUCCCCUGCAGUACCCCACCCAGGGGGUUGAAGUGCGGCCCCUGAAGACCAUUCUGAUUCCAGGACUGGCUUUAGAAGAAAUCUCCAAAGAUCUUCACCUGGUGAACUUAACUGCCACGCUGGGCGUGUUCCACCUGGCGGCCGAGGUGGAGGGAGUCAGUGUCAGAGGAGGAGGCCAAAUGCACAUGACCCUCUGGAGCAGCCUGCUCCCCAAUCUGAACAGGCAGCUCCAGUUCGUUACCUACACCAAUACACUUUUCCACCCAAGCACGGCAGACACAGUGCAGUUUGAGACAGACGGUCAUCAAGCAGUGUUCACCAUCAAGAUCCGCCACGGCGUCACCCCAAAACUGUACAACCCCGGUUCCAAAGGAGAAUAUAAUAUCAGUGCCCUGGUCACUAUAGCAACCAAAACAUUCCUCCGCUAUGACAAGCUGCAAGGUCUGAUCGACAGCAUACGCCGUUACUACCCAGACGUCACCAUCGUGGUGGCAGAUGACAGCGAGCAUCCGCAGCCGGUGACCGGGCCCAACAUUGAACAUUACAUCAUGCCCUUUGGAAAGGGUUGGUUCGCAGGAAGGAAUCUGGCCGUGUCCCAAGUUACCACAAAGUAUGUCUUGUGGGUAGAUGAUGACUUCAUCUUCACGGCCAACACGAAGCUGGAGAAGCUGGUGGAUGUGCUGGAGAGCACCACGCUAGACCUGGUGGGUGGGGCAGUACGGGAGGUGACAGGCUACACCGCCACAUAUCGACACACCAUCUCCAUCGAGGCGGGGGAGGAAGACGGGGACUGCCUGCACAUGAGACGCGGCUUCCACCACGUGGUCCAGGGCUUCCCCAACUGCGUCAUUACCGAUGGCGUCAUCAACUUCUUCCUGGCCCGCACCGACAAGGUCCAGCAAGUGGGUUUCGACCCACGUCUCGCACGGGUUGCACACCUGGAGUUUUUCAUCGAUGGCUUGGGCUCCCUUCACGUCGGAUCCUGUGACGACGUCAUCGUCAGCCACGCCACCAAGAUCAAGCUGCCCUGGCAGGAGUCAGACAGCGACAAGACCUACGCCAAAUUCCGCUACCCGCCCGCCUCCUCGGACGCCAGCCACACCAAGAACGGCCUCCUCUACUUCAAGAACAGGUUCCAGUGCCUGACCCAUAACUGAGUCUUCUCCAUGUUCUGCCUCCUUCACAUCCGUCGCCGGGGCUUCCAGAAGUGCCCUCAAGAGAAAAAGCCAAAUCCUCCUGUAUUUUUUUGCCCGGAUAUUCCCCUCAGUUUCCUGUACUUCCUGUAGUUGGAUGCCCCUCAUCUGCCCACCCACUUCUAUGCCUUGGUGCCAAACUUAUUGCAUUAAAAACCAGUGUUAAAUCUGCACAAUUUGGCUUUGAUCUGGAGCAGCUACUGGGUCUGACUCCAGCUCAGAUCUCCAGUUUAACCUGGAUGCCCACGGUUUUGAUCUAAAAGGAAAAAAGAUAACAGUGAUAGAUUUUAAGUUUCAAUCUGAAUUAAGGUUAAAAUGUUCCUCUGCUUCCAAAGACAUCAACCAUUGCAGCCAGUGUUAGGAACAACUGUGAUGUUUCAAAUACUCCAUGAAUUAGAAGCUGGAAGUCAGAUCACUAUAUGGAAACAUAGCCAGUGAUCAGCUGUUGUCAUCAGACCUGUUUAAUUCCGCACCUGUGUGGCAUCAGAAAUUCACUUUGAUUCAGUUUAAUAUCCCCCAGAAAGCCUGCAGGUGAUCAUAUCACAGUUGUUUUUAAAACCCUCCUUUUACAAGAGCCGUGUUAAAGAUUAUGCUCCUGAUCAGAAUAGGCUGCUCAUUUUUAAAUGGGCAUGGAUCCACCCAUAUAUGAAUUGAAAUAUGAGUUGGAUGACAUUUUAGUUUGAUUGCAUUCCCCAUUUCAGCUGAUAUCGGAUCCAAAUCCUGCCUGCUGUAUUAAAUUCUUUUUGGCAGCAUUUCUGAGCUCAUUUCAGAACUGCACUCUGGCCCAGCUGAACUGAAAGGCCAGGUUCUACCCACCUGAGACGGACAGGAGUUUAAAGGACACGCUGUGUCACGGAUGCGUGGACCUGCGUCUGGAGAAGCUUCUCACUGUGUGACUUACGAGGAGAGCUUGACUGAGAUUCUUCAUUUGCAACAGGCUUGACCAAAGUGUGCAGGCUGCUUCUGGGAUGUCCAUCCAAAAGUGUGUGACGCAGUGGGUGUGGUCAACCCAAAGCUGUUGCUGACGACCCGGCCUACCUUGGCCACAUGCCAUUUACCCCAGAUAAGGCCAGUUAUAGGCGUGCCAUUCAUCUGUUUUGUUGAGCUUUGAGUCUUUUUUUUUUACAUUUUGUUACUUUCUCUAGCAAGGAUGGCUGACUUUCCUUUUUGGAAAACAGUUUCCCUCCCUUCCCCAUUGUCAUACUUGUAUUAUAUGUUUGUGGGAAUGAUCAUGACGUUCACGGUGUGAUGUUGUUGCUGAUUCUCACCACUAGAUGGUGGUCUGGCAGCACGAUUUUUUUAAAGGACCAACAUUGUUGAAAGUGCUCAAGUUUUGGAAUGACAAAGAAAUAAUGAAAAUCUGAAUUAAAAUAAUGAUAUUAAUUAA